AUGGAACAAUAUAAUGAUACAGUGACUGAGUUCAUCCUGGUAGGAUUCACAACAGAUCCUGUUAUGCAGCUGGUUCUGUUUGUUAUUUUUCUUGCUGUGUAUGCAUUAUCUGUGUUAGGAAACAGUACCCUCAUUGUGUUGAUCUGCAAUGACUCUAGGCUCCAUACACCCAUGUAUUUCUUCAUUGGAAAUCUGUCUUUUCUGGAUCUUGGAUUGUCCACAGUCUAUACACCAAAGAUCUUAGUGACCUGCAUCUCUGAAGAUAAAAGCAUCUCCUUUCCUGGCUGUGUGGCUCAAUUCUUCUUCUCUGCUGGACUUGGGUAUACUGAGUGUUAUCUGUUGGCUGCUAUGGCUUAUGACCGCUUUGUGGCUAUCUCAAAGCCACUGCUUUAUUCCCAAGUCAUGUCCUUAAAGCUAUGUGCAUUUUUAGUUGGAGUCUCAUAUUUGGGUGGUUUAAUUAACUCUUUCAUAAUCACCAAAGACACAUUUGCCUUGACCUUCUGCAAUGACAAUGUAAUUGAUGACUUUUUCUGUGAUAUCCCACCCCUGGUGAAGCUUGCCUGUGGCAAGAAGGAUAACUUUCAGUCUGUGUUAUUCUUCCUCUUGACUUCCAAUGUCAUCAUCCCCAUUGUGUUCAUCCUGGCCACCUAUCUCUUCAUCAUUGCCACUAUCUUAAGGAUCCGCUCCACUCGGGGCCGCCUCAAGGCCUUCUCCACCUGCUCCUCCCACCUCAUCUCUGUGACUUUGUACUAUGGCUCCAUUCUCUACAUCUAUGCUCGGCCCCGGUCCAGCUACUCUUUAGAUAGAGACAAAAUUGUUUCAACCUUUUACACAGUGGUUUUCCCCAUGUUGAAUCCCCUAAUCUAUAGUCUGAGGAAUAAGGAUGUGAAAGAGGCUUUGAAUAAACUGUUCAAAUAA